AUGUUACCACUUUGUUCUUCCUCUUCCAUGGCUGCUAACCCUUCCCUCACUCUCCCAACCAAUUCUUUCCUCACAUUACUCCACCCUCCUCCAUCUUCUCGCAACACAUCAUCCUCAUCAUCAUCAUCACUUUCUUCAACCUCAUUCAACUCUCAGUUUUUAGGCCUCAAGUUAUCUCAUUCUUCCAUUUCCAUAACCCCUUCUCCACUUUCAUCUUCUUCACGCAAAGGAGCCUUUGUUUUUGCCAAGGUUAGUAAAGGCUCGAAGCCACCGGGUUUUACGCUGAAAGAUCAGGAUGGUAAGACUGUGAGUCUCUCUAAGUACAAAGGGAAGCCUGUUGUUGUUUAUUUCUACCCUGCUGAUGAGACCCCUGGUUGUACCAAACAGGCCUGUGCUUUUAGGGAUUCAUAUGAGAAGUUCAAGAAAGCAGGAGCGGAGGUUGUUGGGAUAAGUGGCGACGAUACUGCGUCUCACAAGGCAUUUGCCAAGAAGUACAAACUUCCAUAUACACUGUUGAGUGAUGAGGGUAACAAGGUAAGGAAAGAAUGGGGAGUUCCAGGAGAUUUCUUUGGUUCAUUGCCAGGGAGAGAGACUUACGUUAUUGACAAAAAUGGCGUGGUUCAGCUCGUUUACAACAACCAGUUCCAACCCGAAAAGCACAUCGAUGAGACCUUGAAACUACUUCAAAGCCUUUAA